GUUUUUGUGUCCUUGACCUUUACAUAAGCACCGCAGUGAAUAUUCAGUCAACAUCCGCUGCAGAGAUGAUUCGAACUGUGUGUGGAAGAGUUUUGUCUGCGGCUUCGGCCCAGGUAAGGGCCUUCCACCGCUCAGCUGCAGUAUCUGGGUCACAGUCAUUUGUGCAUAGAGAUUCACCAGAAAACAACCCAAACACUCCUUUUGAAUUUACCCAGGAAAAUAUAAAGAGAGCAGAUGUCAUCAUUGGAAACUACCCGGAGGGCCACCAAGCUGCCGCAGUUAUACCACUGCUAGAUCUGGCACAGAGACAACAUGGUUGGCUGCCCAUCUCGGCCAUGCACAAAGUAGCAGAGAUGCUUGAUAUGCCCAAGAUGAGAGUUUAUGAAGUAGCUACAUUUUAUACCAUGUUUAAUAGGAAACCAGUUGGUAAAUACUUUGUACAGAUCUGUACCACAACGCCCUGUAUCCUGGGCGGAGUAGGCUCUGAUGUAAUCUUAAAAGCCAUCGAGGAGAACUUAGGUAUAAAGCCAGGGGAGAUGACCCAGGACGGCAUGUUCAGCUUGCUGGAGGUGGAGUGUCUAGGAGCCUGUGUCAAUGCCCCCAUGGUGCAGAUCAAUGAUGACUAUUUUGAAGACUUGACUGUAGACGAUAUUAAUAAAAUUUUGAAUGAAAUUAAACAAGGCAAAAAGCCCACCCCAGGACCACAGAGUGGUCAGAAUCGCAGAUUCGCAUCAGAACCCAAAGGAGGAUUGACCUCCUUGUCGGAACCACCCACAGGACCAGGCUUUGGAGUUAGGCCUGAUUUAUAAAGAUGUGUGGGAACUUAAAUUAGAUCACAAUCUAAUGGACAGUAUAAAUUAUUAUACAUAAUAAAUAUGACUCUGACACACAUGUUAUUGUGGAGUCAACUUGUUUUAAAAAUGUUGAUAAAAAAAAUAAAACAGUCAGAAGAAUC